AUGUCACUGACAAAAAAUCUGAGGAGUUUAACUUCAGCAGGUCCUCGCGCCGUUGUUACUUGGGAUAAGGCUGAGCGUAUACAUCGGAACGAGGAAAUUUGGGCAAAUCGGGAUUCGAUUGUUCAUCGAUUGCCUGAGCAUUACUGCAGACGAUAUUGGGAAAAUUUGCUUCGUGAUGCAAAGCCAGUUCACUAUCGAGCGCACAGGAAAAUUGCUUUUCUAACGCGGCUAAGCUUUUUACGAGUCAAAAACCCGGCUACUCGUACUGCGAGUGGGUCGCUGUUACACCCCACCGUCAUCGCGAUUUUAUUGGGAUCCUGUGAGAAAUGUGGAGGUGGAGGCAGAGAACUACCCUUUGCUAGGUGUGUUCAACUGUUCUGUUCCUGUUUUGACCACGUCUGCCUCAUACAGGUGUACAAACAUGAUGUUUUGGAAAGUCUUUUACAUCCACCAGAAGCUGAUGAGGGACUUUGGGGUGGUGAGGGGGUUGUUAAGGGUUGGAAGGAGUCGCGUCCUUAUACCAAAAAGAAGGUUCUGCCGAGGCACUGGAUACCCAAACUAUAUUUCCCAGCGUUGAAAUCAGCCAUCUUAUAUUCAGAGAUUCUUGACAAGCACAUGAAGGUAGAAACUAGCAGUGGGUCAAUGGGUUUUUGUCCAAAUUUUUUGGCUUUCAAGAUCAAUGUUACCGAAAGGGCGUUGCGCUUGAUUGAUCAGCAUUUCGGCCUUGACUAUUACAUCCUCCGUACUCCUGAGAUUGAUCUGGCGUCAAAGCUCGGAAACAGGCUCAAACGAGAAAUGUUACUCACACUUGCAAAUGAAAGCUAUUAUCCUGAAGAUGAGGAACGACACAGCUAUAUCAAAGAAAAGUAUGCUGAAUUUGUUAUUCCUGCGGAGGAGGCUGAGUGGAUAGGUUUGGACUUGAACGAAGCGGCACGGAAGCAGCAAAUUCUUGAGGAGGAACAAGCCCCUGUGCCCAUGAAGUAUAGGUCAGCAAAUGCUCUGUUACUUUUGCUCAUGCGGAGGAGCCUCUGGGCUGCUAUACUGCGUUAUUAUUUGAUGAGAACAGAAAACUAUAGGUUUAAAAGAGAAUUAGUUGCUCGACUACGAGCUGGAACAGAUCUAAUCACAAACGAGGAAGAGUUUGCCCCGAAGACCGAAGAAAGCAAGUUUGGUGAACGCUUACUUGGUAAAUAUCUGAACCCUAUUGCCAGACGAUUCCGAAGUUAG